AGGCGGUUAUAUAAUAGGGAAUGUGCUACUACUGCUGCUGCCGCCAGCAGUUUGUGGUCAUACUGGUCUGCCUGCUGUAUAUAUUGCUCGUGCUGAUCUUCUUCAUCAAUGUCUUUCUGGCUGAUCGUAAUAUGCACACGAAUCUAAUGCGGGCAGGCGGCAAUCCGAUGAUGGGUGGCGGCGGCGGCGGCGGUGGUGGUGGUGCGGGCAUUCAUCCGGGCAUACAUCCGGGACACCACAAUCCAUACGAUAUGCAUGGCUAUCAUCACUACAACAAUUAUCAUCCACAAGUGGAUCCGAAGCAGCAUCAACAGCAGCCAACACGAAAGACUCCCCAACAGCAGCAAGCGGAACAGGAUAUUUACUACUAUUUCAAUCACGUAUUCAGGCGGCGCUGAGACACACCCACACACACAUACUCACGCCUAAUUCCACACAAACACACACGCCCACAUAAAAUUACAUAAUUUCAUAAAUAUAUAUAUAUAUAGAGAAUAUAUAUAGUCGACAGGUCAACAUGUAAAACAAAGGGAAAUGAGAACGAACAUAACA